UGCGCCGGUGCCUGUCUGUCUUGAUGUAGCAGCUGUACAGUGUACAGUGUACCUGUAUUCACGAAAGUGUAAUUCGUAAAUUGCCCUCUCCCUCUGUGUCGUCGUCGUUGUCGUUGAUGCCCACCUCUCUCUGCGCCGCCGCUGCCGCUGCCGCUGAAGCCCGUGGGCCUGCCACCAACUGCUCCGGACUAAUUCCCACUUCGUCCUCUUCCUCCUCCGUUUCCUCCUCCACCACCUGCAACUGCACUAGGUGGUGUGUAGCGUGGUCGCCUGCAGGCCAGGUUCGUGCGCAAUUGAAUCGUGCGAGUUUUACAUGUACUCUAGUCAACUUGGCCUAGCUGGGAAAAAGACUUUCCCGCCGUUUGACUGGGAUUAUCAUCAAGCGUCGCGCGCGCACACACAGACACACACACACUUCUUGACGCA